AUGCAUAACUGGAAUAAAAUAUUCCAGAUCAAAGAUCUGACCCGCAGCGUUCAGACGCAGAGGCAGGCGCCUCGGUUCAUGAUGGAGUUGUAUGAUGCUGUUGCGGACUCGAGCGGUACGCUGAAAAACACGAAAGUUCUGGAAGGAAAUAUUGUUAGAAGUUUCAAAGGACAGUCCAGCGGCUCGUAUCACUUCUUCAAUCUGACAUCAUUCAGACCGGACGAGCGCGUCAUCAGAGCAGAAUUCCGAUGGUUUCGUCAUCAACAGCCUUUUAAUGGACGUCAUCAUUUUUACAAGGUUGACCUGUAUGAAGUGCUGGAGAGCAGACCUAAACCUUGGCGAGGAAACUUGAUAAGCUCAAGGUUAUUACCCAUCUACACUACAGGAUGGGAGGUCUUCAACAUCACACAAAUGGUGACCAAAUGGAUUCUUAACAGCGGUACAAAUAAUGGUAUCCUGGUCGUGACUGCUUUACCUUCAGGUGACUGGUUUGAGUCCAGCAUUCAGAUGAAGCGGCAGUCAGACGAAACAAAUGCAUAUUUGGUUAUAUAUUCAGAUGAUGGACGAAAGCAAGACCAACACCCACCUUUUUACACAGGACAAAAUAUCACCACAUCCCUUAAACUCCUCAAGCCUACAGCAAGUUUAGUGAAGUCAACAAUGCGCAAUCGCAGGAGUCUGCGUGCAUUAACCUCUACUUGCCAGAGAACAAAUCUCUAUGUAGACUUCACUAAAAUCGGCUGGUCGGGGUGGAUAAUAUCUCCCAGAGGUUAUAACGCAUACAGUUGCGCGGGCUCCUGUCCGUUUCCACUGAGUGAAGGUCUACGGGCUACGAAUCAUGCUACUGUGAGAUCCAUCAUGAACACACUGAAACUAUCACAGGAGGCGGGAAGACCCUGCUGUGUGCCAGAUGUGCUUCACCCCAUCAGUCUCCUGUACUUCGAUGACGAGGAAAACGUUGUUCUGAAACAGUACGACGACAUGGUUGCUGGCAGUUGUGGCUGCCAUUAAAAUACAGAAUGACAAGAGGUAAAAUUAUCUGUUGAUAUGUAAUGUCAUUUAUUUAAAAG